AUGUUCUCUAAAUUGACAGCAUCCAAGAAGCAUGGAUUGAGAUUCUUUGCUAGUGCGUCCACAAAAGGGUUUAUAAAAGAGGGAUGGGAAGCUGUGAUUGGCAUUGAAGUCCACGCUCAAAUCAACACAAAGACAAAGCUAUUCUCUGAUUCAUCCACCUCGUAUAACGAACAAGUCAACACACAUGUAUCGACAAUCGAUGCUGCAUUUCCCGGUGUCCAGCCACGACUCAAUAGGAAAGCUGUCGAAAUGGCAGUGAAAACAGCACUUGCUCUACAGGGCCAAGUGCAGAAUCGAUCGACCUUUGACCGCAAACACUACUUUUACCCUGAUCUACCGCAAGGAUACCAAAUCACACAACAGAGAGAGCCCAUUUCAAGGGGUGGAUUCAUCAUGCUGACGGAAAACGAUGGAGCAUCUACACCCAUCAAAGUUGGCAUUCAUCAGCUGCAGAUUGAGCAGGAUACAGGCAAAAGUUUGCAUGACAUGCGCCCUGGAGAGACAUUGCUUGAUCUCAACAGAGCAGGCACUGGGCUCAUGGAAAUCGUGACAAAGCCUGAUUUGAGAUCAUCGUAUGAAGCUGGCUUAUUAGUGAAAAAGCUGCAAAACAUAUUGCAAUGGGUAGGAUCAUCCAAAGCCAAUUUAGAGGAGGGUUCCAUGCGCUGUGAUGUAAAUGUAUCGGUGCGUAGAAAGGGAGAGGAGUUUGGCACGCGCUGCGAACUGAAAAACCUCAACAGAAUCCGUAUCUUAUCCAUGGCUAUCGAUGCAGAGAUCAAGCGGCAAAUUGAGGUGAUUGAGAACGGUGGAGAGAUCCAAGUAGAGACUCGACGCUAUGAUGAGGAAAAGGACGUUACAUUCAGAUUGAGAGAUAAAGAAUCAGCACCAGAUUACAGAUAUAUGCCUGAGCCAGAUUUGCCGCCCCUUUUGUUAUCUCAAGACUACAUUGAUAGCAUUGCUGGAACACUGUCUGAGCUACCAGAUGCUUGUUUGGAGAGAAUCAUGAAGCAAUACGAUCUCAACUUGCUCAGUGCUAAUCUGCUGUUGCACGAAUACAAGUGUGUCGACUACUUUGAAAAGGUGUGUAAUGGUCGCAAUGCUAAAACUGUUUCCAACUGGACGUUAAACGAGCUCUCUGGCGCAUUAUCAUCCAAGGGAAUCUCGUUCCAAGAGAACCCCAUUUCUGUGAAACGCUUUGGAGAUUUGAUUGACCUGGUCCAAAUGGGCACCAUUACAGGAAACACCGGCAAAGAUGUCAUUAAACUCAUGAUAUCCAAUCCAUCUGACCCAAUUGACAUUGUAAAGGAAAAGGGAUGGCUCAAGAUCAAUAAUGUCGACCAAUUAAGUGCUCUUUGUAAAGAGCUGAUUGAGAAGAAUGCGGAAAAAGCCAAGUCUGUGCAAAAUGGAGAUUCAAGGCUGUUCAAAUGGUUUAUUGGACAAGCAAUGGGCCGUACAAGAGGGAUGGCUGAUCCUACUGCACUGAACCAAGCUUUGAGCACUUGCUUGGGUUGGAACUCUUAUGAGGACAUGAUGGCUACUUCUGUGCCUGUGAAUACUAAACCAAAGGGCAAGAAAAAGAAGAAGGACGCUUGA